AUGGCAAUGAAGAACAAUGGUUUCGAACAGUGCAACUCAGAUCAUACUCUGUUCUUGAAACAUCGGAAAGGGAAGGAAAUAUCACAGCUACAAGACUAUUUGGCUACUGAGUUUGAGAUGAAGGAUCUAGGUGGACUCCAAUAUUUCUUGGGAAUUGAGGUGGCUCGAUCGCAACAAGGCAUAUUUCUCUCUCAAAGGAAAUAUGUCUUGGACUUGUUGACAGACACAGGAAUGCUAGAUUGCAAACCUGCGGACACUGCUAUUGUUCAGAAUCAUCAUCUUGGAGAAUAUCCGGAUCAAGUUCCAACUAAUAAAGAAAGAUACCAAAGUGAAGACCACAUGAAUGCAGUUCUUUGGAUGCUUAUAUAUUUGAAGUCUGCACUUGGAAAAGGACUUAUAUUCUCAAAGCAUGGUCAUCUAAAUAUUGAUGGUUAUAUGCAAAUUGGGCAGAAUCCGGUUCAGCAUGAUCGUACUAAACAUGUUAAGGUGGAUCGACACUUCAUCAAACAGAAGCUUGAGGCUAAAGUGUUUCAGUUUCCUUUUGUGAAAUCCGAGGAUCAAUUGGCGGAUAUUUUGACAAAGGAGAUUUCCAGUAAAGCAUUCCACAAUUCACUAGAUCAGUUGGGCAUUGGCGACAUCUAUAAACCAACGUGA